AUAUAUAUAUAUAUAUAUAUAUCCCUAUCUAAAUAUAAAUAUUAAGCAUAACAUAACCCUUUCUCCAUUUCAAUUUUCCUUUAUUCCGGCGAACAAAAAAUGGCGGCGUGUGGCGGCGUAACCCAUUACCUCUCCCUGAGGACCAAGAAAACCAACCUCUACUACAUGGCCGCCACCACCAUCCUCUGCUCCGUCUUUUACCUCGUCGGAAUCUGGCAUCACGGCGGCGGAGCCGCCGGCGCCUCCCCUGCCUCCCUCCUCCCCACCCUCCCCUGCGGCGGCGCAUCCGAAUCCCUCCCGCCGGCGCUCGAAUUCGCCCCGCGCCACGCUGCUGAGGACCUCGUCCCGCUUACACCGGCGGCGCGUGAGGCGCGUUUCCCGCCGUGCGAUCCGAAAUUCUCGGAGCACACGCCGUGCCAGGACACGGCGCGCUCGCUGAGGUUCGAUCGGGAGAUGCUGGCGUACCGGGAGCGGCACUGCCCGGCGGAGGAGGAGCGGCUGAGGUGCCGAAUUCCGGCGCCGCAUGGCUACACGUCGCCGUUCAGGUGGCCGGAGAGCAGGGACUCGGCGUGGUACGCGAACGUGCCGCACAAGCACCUGACGGUGGAGAAGGCGGGUCAGAACUGGGUCCGGUUCGAGGGGGACCGGUUCAGGUUCCCCGGCGGCGGGACCAUGUUCCCGCGCGGCGCCGACGCGUACAUAGAUGACAUCGGGAAGCUGAUCGACCUCGCCGGCGGCGAGAUCAGGACCGCCAUCGACACCGGCUGCGGGGUUGCAAGCUGGGGAGCUUACUUGCUCUCUCGAAACAUAUUGCCAAUGUCUUUUGCGCCAAAAGACACGCACGAAGCCCAAGUCCAGUUUGCGCUCGAACGAGGCGUGCCAGCCUUGAUCGGCAUAAUGGCGACCCAAAGGCUACCCUAUCCUUCACGGGCCUUCGACAUGGCCCAUUGCUCCCGUUGCCUUAUUCCUUGGGCCCAAUAUGAUGGGCUUUACCUGAUUGAGGUUGACCGGGUCUUACGGCCCGGCGGAUAUUGGAUCCUAUCCGGCCCGCCCGUUAACUGGGAGACUCACUGGAAAGGCUGGAACAGGACGCGCGCUGACCUGGACGCGGAGCAGAAGUCGAUCGAGAGUGUUGCGAGGAGCCUCUGCUGGAAAAAGAUUGUGCAGAAAAACGACCUUGCAAUAUGGCAAAAGGCUACUAAUCACGUGCAUUGUAAAUUGAAUCGAAAGGUUUUCAAAAAGCCUCCCUUCUGCCAGCUGGGCCAGGACCCGGACCAAGCCUGGUAUACUAAAAUGGAAGCAUGCCUAACCCGAAUGCCAGAGGUAUCGAAAGUGAGAGAAUUAUCGGGCGGUGAGUUAUGCAAAUGGCCCGAGAGGCUGACAGCUGUCCCGCCUCGGGUGCUUAGCGGGAGCGUGAAUGGGGUCACGCCCGAGAGUUUUGUGAAAGACACGGAGCUAUGGAGAAAACGGGUUUCGCAUUACAAGGGUAUAGACAGACAGCUGGCGGAGGAAGGACGGUAUCGUAAUUUGCUCGACAUGAAUGCCGGUUUGGGUGGUUUUGCGGCGGCAUUGGUCGACGAUCCUGUCUGGGUCAUGAAUGUGGUCCCUGUUGAGGCUACGGUUAACACGCUUGGCGUUAUUUACGAACGUGGGUUAAUCGGGACUUACCAGAACUGG